GGUGGGGCGAGGCGGCUGCGCGGUCUGGCCUGAGCCGCCCUCCGGCCGUUCCCGCCGGCUCCGGGCCGCGCGCUGCGGGUCAGGCGGCUCGUCAGGUGGGCUUGGGGCGGCGGUGGCUCCGGGCCGGGCCGCGGGGCCUGCGCCCGCCGUGCUUUUCCGAUAGUUCAGCGCUCAGCCCUGGGCGGCCCGCUCGUCCGUGUUUCGGGGCUUUCCUUCCCCAUCCCGCUCGUAACUGCCCGGAGGGGUAGCGAAAAAUCUCAGAUUGGGAGCGGGAGAGAAAGAAUUAUUCUCAAGAACUGAGUUUUGCAUCGAGCCUUGUGCCUUGCACGUGCGUUAUACAUCGUAACUCACAGGUAGUAAACAGAUACAUCGGUCUUGUCAUUAAACACUCUGUAACCCAGCAGUUUUAAAUAUAAUUUGGUUCUCAUUUCGAAAUCUGAAUGUGUGUAUUUCACUCAGUCGAGAGGACUUGUGUUGACAGCGGGGUUGUCUGCAGAACAGCGGUGAUGGUGUGUUGGUGUAUUCUUGCCCGAUCUACUAAUGCCAGAGUAUUCGGAUUGUUGGUAAUGAUUUCUGUUCUUCCUGUAAUGUGGAAUAUUUGCAUCAAGUUUAUAGCAGCUAAUGAAAUUUACUGAGGUUUUUCAGCUGCAUUUCUGUUUUAGAAAUCAUGAGUAUGAACUUAUUUGUAUGAGACAAUAUUUCAGCUGCUAUUUUGAAGAAACAGUUUCUGUUUUUUCCACUCGUGUCUUGUAUUGCAGUCAUAUAAUUCUGUGUACGUUGAGCUGCAACUAAAUUUACGUACUUACCCUUCCCUUGAAAAUGAUUUCAGACUGCCAAACAACAUCAGUUUGCAUCUCAGCCGUUUAAAACUUGGUGAAAGUUCCAUAAGAAAUGGCACAACUUGUUUUAGACUCUUUGUUUUAUACUGUGGAUCAGAGCUACAGAUGUGUGUGUUGGUGCUGAAACCUGAGAGCUGACUCAGACAUCUCUGAGAGUUCAUCUCAGGCUACUGCAGGGUAGAAACAAAGGGCUCGUAUUUCAGAGCAAACCGUUUUUGUGACGAGAUGUCUCUGUAAUGACAACAGAGACCAGUAAUAACUGUGUUUUGCCUGUGGCUUUACAAAAUCCUUUGAGCAUGAAGAUAGUUCAGGUAGUUUGUGGAGUGGAAGCUGCAGUUGAACAUGUCCUGACACUGGAUUGUCUGUGGUGAUGAUCAAGCAUCCACAAAGUUGUGUUGUGCGGUGUGAUGAUGACUUGUUUGAUUCACAAGUUAAUUCAUACUGAGAUCUAAUAGUUUGUUCUGGUCUUAGUCUGAUAAGCAUGUGCCGUUUGUUGCAAAUAUGCCUUACUGGCAGAAUAAUCGGUUCCAUGGAAAAAUGCUAAAAAACCCCAAACAACUGAUUUUCAGCUUUUGUAUGUACAUACGUUUCUGAUAUAUUGCCAGAACUUAGCGUCCUUUUAAGCAAGCUUUUCUGUGUUGUUAAAAUGCUAAUUUAUCAUUUUUAUUAUUCUAAAAGCAGGGGAUUUGUUUUUUAAAGCUAUAUAUUGUUUUUUGGCAGGAGGCAGUGGUCGAUACAUUUUUAAAAGAAGGCAUUUUAUAUAGCGAUAAUGUACGUUUUCAUAAUGGGGAAAACCUUUUCGUACUGUGUUCAGUGGCUCAGUAACAUCUUUGUGCAUGACUAGAACUUUGGGAGACUGACCGUGCACCAUAUAAAGUUGUCAUUAUAUAACCUAAUUGUAGCUGUUAGCGUGUUUUCACACUGAAUUCUUUACUAGUAAACAUGUAAAGAUAUAAUGUUGCAGCAAUGGAUGUGCACACAGGGUAUACUUAUUUAAAAAAUACAUGACAAACAAUAUUUUAAUAAAAAAUUUAAAAUUACUUUUUUUAAGCUCUUGGACAGACUUCUCUGUUCAUAUAUUGUUACCAUACAGACCUAUUAAAAUAAAAAUGACUUAUUUGUAAAAGUGAAAUAAGAAAGGUCAUGAUCCCUGUAAUGUCAGAGAUACUUGUUUGCAAUUAAUUGGGGGUUUGUUAACUUUGUGGAAUGACUCACAAAAAGGAAGUUAAGUGCAUCAGUCUUGAAAGCUGAUGGAACAGGACAAUAUCUGGAAAAAGUAAGUGGGACAAAACUAGACAGAGCUUGGGUGGAACUCUGUUUUAAUAUCAGAGUAGACUUACAAAAACCAAAGGUCAUUUAAGUGCGUUUCCUUGCCAGAGGAAGAUCCUGUUGCGUUUGUCAUCUCUUUCCAUAUAAAACAUUACUAUUUCAAUCCCUAUCAAACUUUUUCUGUUAAACAUCAGCAAACAUUAAAGCCCAUUGGUGGGUAUCAAAUAAAAAUGAAGAAGAAUAUUUAUUUAAUUUGCAAAUAGAGUGACAGCCUACCGGAGUUUCUCUCGUAGAAGAGAACCUCACCAGGACGCUCAGCACGUCGCACACAAACGUGUGAAUUCCCAGUGACCGGAAGAUGUUACUUUGCAUAAAUUUAAAGUCCUCAGUGGUCAUUCUUACUUUUCUUUGGGGGAAUGAGUUUUGUUAAAUACUCUUUUUGUUUAAUAACAGAUGACAAAAAUAAUUGCAGUACUACUGGAUUCUCUUGCUUUCUGAUAGCUCUGAAGCUGGGAUCAAACCAAGGAGGAGAAAUAGCAAGAGAUUUUGUGACAUCAAAGAAAAGAUCUGGAGAAAUAGGGCAGCGAGAGGAGGCACAAGGACAAACAGUAUUUGCUUUUGAUUUGCUUAAGUUAAAUCCAUAAGUAGUCAUUGAGAUUGUCCUUUAGCUGAAUGCAAACCACCUGUGGCAUCACAGAUUACUACGGAAAAAUGUAUAUGACCAUAUAUAUUCUUAACUUCUGUGCUGCCCUUUUCUGUCAUCUCUAGAAGAACAAAUCCUGCUACAUUAUUGCAAAUCUUUCUUCAUGUAUCCAGUGUAUAGACAUAUGUGUGUAUGUAUUUUACUUGUAUAUCCGCUACAAUGUGCAAUGAAGUAUUUUCAGAUUGUUCUUGUUUAGUUUAUUGAUCAUGAACUGUAAUUUCUAGAAUGAUCUUUAACUAAGGUGUUUUCUUCCAGGGUUUUUUAUUAAACGAAAGUGAUGUAUUUCCUACGUUGUUGAAGCGGAUUAUCUUUUAAAAUUAUAAAAAGGAAAGCCUCUAGGCUUUUCUUCAGAAUUGCAUGUUGCGAUGCUGGCGCAAUUCUUUUUUCAUACAUUGUUUACUGGAACUGUCCAUUUCUGUUAUUUAAAGAAACGACUAUUAUAAAUUACUAAAGUUUCCAUUUUCUGUUGCUCUAUUACAUUGGCACGAUUUUCUGCUUCACUAAAUCAAAAUGCCGUGCGGGGUGACAGAUGCAGGACGCUUUGUCAGAAAUAAGUAGUCGCUAAGUGCAGGAAAAGAUGUGUAGCGGAAAGCUUCCAUGAAAUAUUGUUUGUAAACUUGAGUGGGAUAUUUGCUCUUGAUUAAUAUUUCUAUUUCCUUUCACUUAUAUGUGUUUCCUGCAUGUGUAUCACUGUUUUCCAUAGGCCCAUGCUUCCAGGAACUAGAGAAGAAAAGGAAAUACACAGCAAUACCAAGUUGAAAUGGGCUUUCUGCUCUGGAUUUGGUUCUUUGCAAAAUGAAUCCUGUGUUGUUUCACAAAGGGUGGACCCUGCAGUAGAACUUGUCAAGACCAGUGCACAUAAAUCAACAGCUUAUUUUUCUUGAGGACUUCUGUGUAGCUUUUAAAGUUUUAAUCACAAUGAAUUCGGGCUUAUGGAGUCAAGAAAAAGCAAGUUCCUCCUAUUGGGAAGAGCGGAUAUUUUACUUGCUUCUCCAAGAAUGCGGCAUCGUAGACAAGCAGACUCAGAAGCUCUUGAAAGUCCCCAAAGGUAGCAUUGGGCAGUUCUUUCAAGACCGUUCUUCUGUGGGCCACUCCAGAAAUAUUCCUUGUAAAGGCAAGAAACUGCCGAUCGUAUUAAAGAUUCUGGAACAACCUCAUGUGAUCCUGUUUGUGGAUGAGAAGGAUGUUAUAGAAAUAAAUGAAAAACUAGCUGAGUUGCUUUUGGCCAUUACUAACUGUGAGGAAAGAUACAGUCUGUUUAAAAACGAAAGCAGGUUAACUAAAGGCAUCCAAAUAGAUAUUGGCUCGCCUGUUCGAGUACAGCUGAGAUCAGGAGACGAUAAAUUUCCUGGAGUUGUUCGCUUCAGAGGACCCUUGUUGCAAGAAAGGUCCCUAUCAGGGAUAUACUUUGGAGUAGAGUUGCUGGAAGAAGGUCGUGGUCAGGGUUUUACAGAUGGACAGUACCAAGGCAAGCAGCUUUUCAGAUGUGAUGAGGAUUGUGGGGUUUUUGUUGCUUUGGACAAACUGGAGCUGGUGGAAGAUGAUGACAAUGAACUGGAAAGUGACUAUGCAGCUCCAGUUGACGCAAUGCAGGUAGAACUUCCUCCUCUGGAGAUCAACUCCAGGGUUUCUCUGAAGAUAGGAGAGAGUAUAGAGUAUGGGACAGUUAUAUUCUGUGAUGUCUUGCCAGGAAACGAAAGUUUAGGAUACGUUGUUGGCGUGGACAUGGAUAAUCCUAUUGGAAACUGGGAUGGAAGAUACAAUGGAAUCCAGCUGUGCAGUUUUGCAAGUGUUGAAAGUACACUCCUUUUGCAUAUCAAUGAUGUUAUUCCAGAGACUGUGUCACAGGACAGGAGACCUCCCAAGCUGGCCUACACCUCGAGAGGCGGCGCUGACAAAAGCCUGUUCAAUCACAGUAAGCCAAAGGCCACAGGAUCUACCUCUGAACCUGGAAACAGAAACAGAUCUGAAGUUUUCUACACGUUAAAUGGCUCAUCAGUUGACUCUCAGCCUCAAACGAAAACAAAACCCCCAUGGUAUAUUGAUGAAGUUGCUGAAGACCCUGCAAAAUCACUUAGUGAUUCAUCUCCUGGAUUUGGGCAUUCUUCACCACCGCUGCAGCCACCUUUAACGAACUCUGUGUCUACAGAAAACAGAUUUCACUCCCUCCCUUUUAGCUUGACAAAAGCGUCAAGUACUAAUGGUACUAUGACACAUAGUCCUCUCUCUUUAUCCGUUCAGUCAGUCAUCGGUGACGUAAAUCCUACAGCUAACCAGGAGAGCCCUUCAGCCCCAGGCCCCGUCGGGAACUGCCAUGGUCUUGAAGCAGGUUCCUUGGCUGAAGUUAAAGAAAAUCCUCCUUUCUAUGGAGUGAUCCGCUGGAUUGGCCAGCCACCUGGAGUAAAUGAAGUAUUAGCUGGACUGGAACUGGAAGAUGAAUGUGCGGGUUGUACGGACGGAACGUUUAAAGGAACUCGCUACUUCACUUGUGCUCCGAAGAAAGCGCUUUUUGUUAAACUCAAAAGCUGCAGGCCAGAUUCCAGGUUUGCCUCGUUACAGCCCGUUUCCAACCAGAUUGAACGCUGCAACUCUCUAGCCUUCGGAGGUUACUUAAGUGAAGUGGUAGAAGAAAACACUCCUCCGAAAAUGGAAAAAGAAGGUUUAGAGACAAUGAUUGGAAAGAAGAAAGGUAUCCAGGGGCAUUACAACUCCUGUUACUUAGACUCCACCUUAUUCUGCCUGUUUUCUUUUAGCUCUGUUUUGGACACUGUGUUACUCAGACCUAAAGAAAAGAAUGACGUAGAGUAUUAUAGCGAGACUCAGGAGCUGUUGCGCACAGAGAUUGUGAAUCCUCUCAGAAUAUAUGGAUAUGUAUGUGCUACAAAAAUAAUGAAACUGAGGAAAAUACUUGAAAAAGUUGAGGCUGCAUCAGGAUUCACUUCAGAGGAAAAAGAUCCAGAAGAAUUUUUGAAUAUUUUAUUUCACCAUAUUCUAAGAGUUGAGCCACUGCUGAAAAUCAGAUCUGCAGGCCAGAAAGUACAAGACUGUUACUUCUAUCAGAUAUUUAUGGACAAAAAUGAGAAAGUUGGAGUCCCAACGAUUCAGCAGUUACUGGAGUGGUCGUUCAUCAACAGCAACUUGAAGUUUGCAGAGGCACCCUCUUGCUUGAUUAUCCAGAUGCCUCGGUUCGGAAAAGACUUCAAAAUGUUCAACAAAAUUUUUCCAUCCUUGGAAUUAAAUAUAACAGACUUACUUGAAGAUACCCCCAGGCAGUGCCGGAUCUGUGGAGGACUCGCUAUGUACGAGUGCAGAGAAUGUUAUGAAGAUACCGAUAUUUCUGCUGGGAAGAUCAAGCAGUUCUGCAAAACAUGCAAUACACAAGUUCAUCUUCAUCCCAAGAGACAGAGCCAUAAAUUCAAUCCGUUGUCACUCCCGAAGGAUCUGCCGGACUGGGACUGGCGGCACGGCUGCAUCCCGUACCAGAAGAUGGAGUUGUUUGCUGUUCUCUGCAUAGAAACGAGCCACUACGUCGCUUUUGUGAAAUACGGGAGGGAUGACUCCGCCUGGCUUUUCUUUGACAGCAUGGCAGAUCGGGAUGGAGGUCAGAACGGCUUUAACAUUCCACAAGUUACCCCCUGUCCAGAAGUUGGUGAAUACCUGAAGAUGUCACUAGAAGAAUUACAUUCACUGGAUUCCAGAAAGAUCCAAGGCUGUGCACGAAGACUGUUGUGCGAUGCCUACAUGUGCAUGUAUCAGAGUCCAACGAUGAGCUUAUACAAAUGAACAAUGUCCUCUGGAAAACUGAAGAAAUGGUAUAGAGUUAUUGACUGUUGCAUUUGCUGCAUUUUUUUUUUUUUGUUAGUUUUAAUGCAACCGUUGCUGGCAAUGGAUGCGAUGACAAGGACGAAGUUGACUCUGAGAGCAAAAGGAUCACUGUCGCAAAAACUACACGUGGAGUUCUGUAAGUGAAGUAUUUAAGCAUUUUUGCACUCUAGGAAGUGUGCUUGUGUGUGUUUGUUUUAUAAACAAAGUCUAAGUGAAGUUACUAAACUUAAAGCUUUAAGUGCAUUGAUUAUAUACAGACGUUUUUGAAAUAUUAAACCUCCUUAGUCCAUUGAGAAUGUAAAGUGUGUUUUCUAGUGCAUUUCUGUGGACCAAGGAUGACAAUUCUCUUGUUUCUCUCCCCUCCACCCCCCUGCCCCAGGCUCUCCUCACCCUUGAUCUUUUUAGCAUCAUCGAUUCUCUCUCGUGAAGAGAGAGAACUUCAAUUGUAGUGAGAUUAAUUUUAGGCUGUUCAUUGCAUAUUAAUUCUGUUCUACCUGUCUGCUACAUUCUUCUCAGCUCACACAUUUCCAUCUUUAAAAAUGACCGUUCAUUUAAAGAUCUGAAUUCUUACCUUCUGGAAGCCAAGCACACAGAUUUCCUGUCUGCUGACGUGUGAUUUUUGGAGGGGGAAAAAAGAGAAGGAGAAGAGGGUAUUAAGGGGAGGCGUAAUUGCUGAAAUAUACAGUUAGCAAUGAAAGUUACCAGAUGUCUUUUUCUAAGUGUCUAUUUUUGAAGAAACAAAGCAGUUGGGAACAGAACAGCAACUAUAUACAAACAAUUGGAGGACAAAACCAUAAACCAGUGGGUUGCCUCAGGGAAUGUCACUGAAGUGGAUUCUAGUCCUUGGUAAAACAAAACCGACUUUCCUACGGUACAUUAAGCUACUACCUGGGAAUCUGUUACGCAUCUGACUCUUCAGUUCAAGAUUGCUUAGGGAUACUCAAAAUCUCUGCCUAGAAGGAUGAAACUAGAAGUAAAUGUAGAUCAGAGUUUUACUGUCUACCAAGUACCUAAUGAAAACUAACUUGAAAAGCUGCAAAACCUGUCUUGAUGUAAAAUAUUACAUUUUGAAGUCAGUUGGCUCCUGUUUGCAAUUAAAUACUGUUGUUUUAGUUGCUUUACAGCUGCUUCUGUCUACACAGACUAGCAAACAUGCAACUAUAUAUAUAUACAGUAAAAUCUGGUUGUACAAAUUCAUAUAUAUGAGCUGUACAUUUUCAACUUUAAGAUACUUUAUAUGGAAAACUUCUUUUUUGGGGAUUGAGUCUAUAGAAAGGGAGGUCACAAAAUGUUUUGAAGACAAUGGAGACUGAUCCCAUCGUGUACAAAAUGUGGUUACUUUGUUCUUCUUGGAAAACCUAAAGUCUAUCUUUGGGAUGUGCUAGAGAGCUGAAAAUGGUGCUUGGAGGACUAAAGUGCCGAGAGCUGCUCUGUUCUGCUGGCCGCUGCAUGGAACGCACUCUCAUUUUUCACUUCAGAGCGAGGGAGUUAUUCAAAGUGUCACUGUUGCUUUUUCUCUAAUGUCUCCUGGCUUCCCCAUUCCUUUGCCUUAUUUAUCUAGUCUGUGCUCCUUGCCAAAACUCUAGUUCUUUAGUUUCAGCACUACUAUUGAGCUCUUGACAAAAAAUUGUUUAGUUUCAGUACUGCUGUGAGCUCUUGAACUCUUCAGAGUUUUCAGUGAGGCUUUGGGUGAUGGAUCAGUGGAUGGGUUAGUGGCCGUUGGCUCAGAUGUGUUGACAAGGAUGCCAGAGAAGGAUCUCGUGGGCAAUGUAAGGUAAGAAAAGGGCUGGAGCACACGUACCUGAUCUGAGCAGAAGGGGUGGGACCCACCUGUGACCACAGUCUCCAGGUACCUCACAUGAUGUUUUAAAUAGCGCUGAUGGCAAAGUGAAGGCAAGAUGGGGCAGGCAAAAAAACCCCAAACAACAAUACUAAUGUAACAGACCAAAAUUUGCUCUCUGCAGACUCUGAUCCCUUGUGAUACCCCGAGCCCCAGCUGGAAGUGGCUGCAGGUGCUGUAGCUCCUUUAAAAGCUUUACAAAGUGAACAAGCACAAACCUGUGUCCCAAGGAGACCAAGUUGAAUGUCUGGAUUUUUCUCUCUUUCCUAUUCCUAAAUUUAUUUUCCAGUUUUCCCAAUGCAUUAGUUUCCAUGUGCCAUUUUUCUCCCCCCUGCAUCACAUCCAUGAAGUUGUAGGUGUAUCUUACCUCCAGGAACAGCGUUGGAACAGCCGUGGCCUGAAGGGAGACUUGGGCUUGGCAACGGUAGAUGUUUUCAGAUGAAUAAUCCUGUAGGAAAAUACCCACUUGUUUUCACAACUGCAGAUAGCCAAGAAUCCCAUUUUAAAAUAGCUGCGUGUAAAUGAACUGCUGGGCCUCUUGCCUCUAAUCCUGCGGCCUUUGGAAACGGAAAAGAAGCUGUGUGAGCUCUUACUGUGCACAUGGAGCAAAUGCACAGAAACACGUUAUUGUGCACGCUUUUCCCUGACAAAUACCACGUUUUGAACGCCUGCAUUUGGUACUACAUUAAACAGUACAGUAAAUAGUUUUGCAAAGGGUAUAUGAUUACAUGGUUAGUUUACCGGUUAAGAAGGCAGAGAUGUCUAACAUAGCAUAAAAAAGUCUUGGUUUUGAUAACUGUCUUCUUUUAAUCCAAAAAUACUGCUUUAUGGUGUACCACAUUGGCUUGGAGAUAAUCUGGCAACUUACCCCAAGUUUUAUAUCCUUUCUCAGGAUGGAAAAGUCGUUUCACUGUGAAAAAAGGAAAAUUGUAGAAUAACGUAUACAAGUGUAAGAAAUUGGUUUUAGCCUUCAGCAUCUAUUUGGGGGGAAUUGUACAGUGUGCAGGUUAAAGCAUCUCUUGCUGUUAAAUGUCCAAAGAUUUCAGCGAUUAAGCAAUUGGGAACCUCCCAACCAGGUGGUUUUGGCUUUGUUUUUUCAUAUGGUGAAUGUGCCCAUAAGUUAAUAGCACUUAGAUGAUUGCACUGUGGUUUGGCUCUUAAGCAUUGCUAACAAUGGCCUUAACCUGUGAACAGGAAAAGAAGAAUAGAAAGCAUGGCUCCUGAGAGCCUGUAGGAACAUAAAGCUUCGUUAUACAUAAACUGUCACAAGCAGGGAGAAAAACCGCAUCCCUAUAAACGCUCAGCCCAUACUGCUCAUCGGUUUUAGAAACAGGCUCAAAUCAGUAGACAAUUGAACCGAUCACUGCGCCACUAAAUGUUUGCCUUAAACAACCCAACAAGGCCAAACCCACAGCAGCACGUGUGGCUUUUGGUGUGGGAGAUAAGUGCAGGAAAACAAACAAGUGUGUUCAGUAAAGGUCUAAGAUCUGUGCCACUGAUUCUGUGCUCUUGAAAACUCUGUGUGACCAAACAGCUGGUGAGGCUUCCAUUUUAAGCCAGUACUAUGUGUAAUGGGAAUUACUCACAAUCGUAACUGGUUCGUUUAAUGCACUUACUUUUCUUGUGCACUUUACCCUCCCCAGUAGCUGGACGUGCUCAGCACCACCCCAGUGAUGCCUGUUCUAUACAAUACCAAGGCACAACCUGCUGCAAACUGGAAUUUGAUGGUUUUAGAACUGAGUUGGUGUAAAAAGCAGCUUGAACGCUCUGUGUGUUUCUAACACUGUAACAACGCAUGUUUUUCUGUUGUUGCUGUUUUGCUAAAUAAACAUUCCAUGUUUUGUGCAAAAUAGUCUCCAUCUUACCAGGGACAUGUCAGGGAAACAAACCUUGGGAUGAGGCUGCCCCAACCAGCCUUUGCUUGCUUCUUUCCCCAAAGGUGGAGCAGAAUCAGCUGCUGCUGGAAAGGAAUGUACCAUGUGCUCCUUCUGUAUGAAUAUUAAACUUAAAAUGUUA